UCUCAUUCAACUUUCUUUAUAUUUGUUAUCUCACUGUACAGAACUUCGAAAAGAACACUAAUUAGCUUUUCAUCAUGGCAACAACCCCUGUGUCUGUCGUCUGCGUCGGCAUGGCAGGCUCGGGGAAGACGACUUUCAUGCAGCGGAUAAACUCCUACCUUCAUUCUCAGAAGAACAUCCCCUACGUGAUGAACCUAGACCCCGCUGUUUACUCCGUCCCAUUCGAGAGCAACAUCGACAUUCGCGAUUCGAUCAACUACAAAGAAGUCAUGAAGCAAUAUAACCUCGGGCCCAACGGUGGAAUUUUGACAUCUUUGAAUCUUUUCGCAACAAAGGUUGACCAGAUCAUAUCCCUUCUCGAGAAACGCGCCGCUCCGAACCCCAGCACCCCAUCCGCAAAACCUAUCGAGCAUGUCCUUGUCGAUACACCGGGGCAGAUUGAGGUGUUCGUGUGGAGUGCAUCGGGUACAAUUUUCCUUGAAACCAUGGCAUCGUCGUUCCCGACUGUCAUCGCCUAUGUCAUUGAUACCCCCCGGACUAGCUCUACAAGUACAUUCAUGAGCAACAUGCUCUACGCCUGCAGUAUCCUGUACAAAACCAAGUUGCCGAUGAUCCUCGUAUUCAACAAAACAGACGUGCAAGAUGCGGAAUUCGCAAAGGAGUGGAUGACCGACUUUGACGCCUUCCAGCAGGCUCUACGAGAGGAAGAGGAGACAGGCGCAUUCGGAACAGAAGGCAGUGCUGGAGGAUUUGGCGCUGGGAGUGGAUACAUGGGGUCACUGCUCAACAGCAUGAGUCUGAUGCUGGAAGAGUUCUACCAGCAUCUGAGUGUCGUAGGCGUGAGCUCCAUGACGGGCGAUGGUGUUGAGGAUUUCUUUAAAGCUGUGGAAGAGAAACGCCAGGAGUUCGAGCGCGACUACAAGCCGGAGUUAGAACGCAAGAAGAAGGAGCGUGAGGAAGCGCAGGCAAACCGGCGGGAGGAAGAAUUGGGCAAGUUGAUGAAAGAUAUGAAUGUUUCUGGUUCGAGCGGGCAACGACAGCCCCUGGUCACUGAGCCGGAGACGGUCAGUGAAGCUGAGGAGGAAGAGGAAGCAAAAGCUGAAAUGGAGGAUGAUGAUGACACGGAUGAUGAAGGUGUGGAUGCCCCCCGCGCUGGAGAUGAUGAUGAACUCUCGCAGCGAUACAGGAGCGCGCUUUCGGAAUCGCAAAAGGGCCCCGACCAUGAAGAUUACAGCUUUACCAGAUAUCUGCGCGCAAAUAAUAUUAAUGGAUGAUGGUGAUGGUUUGAUUCGGAGUUUGUAUGAGGUUCGGAGAAUUAAAUGAUGUUAUGGUUCAUUGGUUGAUAUUUAUCCUGCAUUCAAUCCAGAACUACUUUUCAUAUGGAUAUCCCAAUCUACAUAGUCUACAAAAUACAGCAUAG